GAUCUUUGUUGGCUCUGUCCAGAGUUUUCUGCUCAUAUUUUCCUUUCCUGGAGCACUUUCUUUUGUCAGUGCUGUUGUGAACAACAGUCAUUAUCGUAUGUCCUUUAGUUCUGUUUUAGUCCUCGUGCUACCCCGCGUGCGUCAUCCAUAACGUUCCAGCUUCGAUUUGUGUCAAACUCCACAACCACAGGAAGAAGAAACCAUGCCACCAUAUACAGGAACUCAGAAACAUUACAUAUCACAAUUCGUGAGUUUUACACAGGCCAAAGAUGUUGUUGCUGCCAAAUUCUUGCGCGCAAGCGGGUGGAAUGUUGAACAAGCAGUGGAUGCAUACUUUUCCUCCUCACAUGCAGCCACAUCGUCAUCGGUUCCUGCACUGAAUAAGACCUUUGAUGACUAUCGAGAUGAUCCGAAAGAAAACCCAGACACGAUCGGCAUUGAAGGGGCCAUGAAAUUUCUCGAGACCAUCCAAGUGCGCCUAGAUGAAGUUGCAUGUUUAGGAAUCGCGGAACUACUUAAGUCGCCCAGUAUGGGUGAAUUUACACGCACGGGAUUCGUUGACGGCUGGAAGAGCGUUGGAGUCGAAUCAAUACCUCAAAUGAUCUCCCAUGCCGCCACUCUCCGAAACCAAAUAUCCUCUCAACCAGACACAUUCCGCAAAGUAUACCGGUACGCUUUCCCGCUCUGUCGCAUGCAAGGCCAGCGCAAUCUCACAUUCGAAAUCGCCUCGGAACAAUGGCAACUCUUCUUCACAAGCGAAAACGGCGGCGUAGACUGGUCAACACCUUCAACUCCCUGGCUGGAUUGGUACCUUGAGUUCCUCAAAACGAAAGGGCAGCGGCCUGUUAAUAAGGAUUUGUGGGAACAGACGGAGGUGUUUAUGCGCAAGACUCUUGAGGAUGAGAAUUUUGGAUGGUGGAGUGCUGAUGGCGCGUGGCCGGGGACCUUGGAUGAGUUUGUGGAAUAUGUGCAGCAUGAUAAACGUGGUGGGAAGCCUGCGGAGGCGAUGAAUAUUGAGUGAUCGUCAGUUAAGUUGCAACUUAUGAAUAUGGAUAUCCUCUACAAUCAUAACACGUCGAAUUAUCGAUCUUAGGCAGGAAGUCGAAGUCGAGCAUAAAGAAUAUCAUAAACCAUACAAAGGAAACAUUACAUACAUGACAAGAAAACGUACAAACAGGAAAAAAAGGCAUAUUUAGAUACUAAUCAACCUUCCCUAUACGCAGUUUGAUGGUCGAAAAUCAAUCACGAAACUGGCCAACGUAUUUGUAUGUUGUAUAUACGUAUCGAAAAUUGACGCCGCUCCAAAAGCACGUAACAGUUGUAACCUCAAAAGAUGCCACAAUUGUUUCCACCCUUCUUCUCCCCAUCCUUGGUAUCAUUUACGGUCGAAAAUGAAACAAAGUCAACACCCUAAUAGUCGCGGCGACCGUAUUCACUUCCAGGAGGGGGAGGUCCACCACGUCGCUGGUCGUACUGUCGUCGCAAGGCUUCGAGGCGCUUCUUCUUGGUAUGGGUGUUGACAUAAGUACCAAUAACGAAUGCGACGAUGUUGAAGAAUGGAACCCAGGUGUGUUCGGGGAGGAAGUAUUGGGCAAAAGCCAGGGCGACGGGGGACGUAACCCAGCUGACUUUCAUGACAGGCAUGAAACCUGCGCGAACGGUGGCACGGACUUGGUGGAAAGUGCGAGCACCGGCGAUAAUAGCCAUGGAGACCAGGUAUACGGAAUUUUGG